AUGAUUAUACGUCCACCUGCAAACGGUGUGAUCAUGAUCGUGCUGGCCUGUGUGCUGCUCGGGGGGGCCCGAGCAGAGGUGGUGGAGGACUUCAACCAUGUGGAACGCUGUAAGGAAUCACUCUACAUGGGCACUCCACCCCGGGGCUACCUCGGCAACUCCUUUAAAAAGAUCUGCCAGAGGUACGAGAACAUACCGCGCUACGUCACCCUGUACGACCCCCGCAAACACAUUCCCAUCUAUUCUGCCUACACGUUCAAGAAGUCGGACGGGGAGAAGAAGGUGGACUUCCCUUGGAUGUUUGAGCCCCAGUUGGCCUCAGAGAAAAGCAGCAGCAACAUGGAGCCCUUCCCACAAUCCUCCAGCAUGCAUAUGAACUUUGAGGACACCCAAGCCGUCCUCGAGGAUUACGCCGACGUCGUUAAAUAUGAGCGUGGCCAACUAAACCCCGACGAGCAUCAGGCGGACCCUCUGGACAAAGCCUCCACCUACAGCUUGACCAACGUGGUCCCUCAGAGCCGGGAGUUCAACUUGGGCCCCUGGGCAGAGCACGAGGAGGGGAUUCGCAAGCGCCUCAACAACUACUGCCGCGGCAAGGCCUUCGUGGUCACCGGGGUCACGACCUCCGGGCAUACGAUCCGCCGCAACAACCUGGACCGGGUGACCGUGCCAGAAUACAUGUGGUCGGCCUACUGCUGCACCGAGUUUGACCAAAAUGCACCGUACUUUGUGCGCUACAAGUUCCCCGCGUUCGGAGCUUACGGGCUCAACGAUCACGUCAACAACCACCUGGUGGAGGUUCCUCUCAAGAACCUGGAGAAGUUCCUCAAAGGGAGGAUGGAUGUGGACAGGAACUUCCAGGUUUUCUACAAGGACUGUGUGCCGGAUAAUUAA